AUGGCCCGUUGCCUCUUUGCGCUGGGCGCUCUUUGUGCGGCUUCUUCGGCCGAGGAUUUGAGCAGCGCGUGCCUGUCUUCCAUCAGGGUCCGAGACGGCUUUAUUUCGGAAACAGAGGCGGCCUCCUUGCUGAGGGAUUUCGAGGGGACAGACUGUCCACAAGUGCUUCGGGGCCAUGCAAACGUCCAACUCCGCCUGAAGGAAGCAUUGGCUGGUGAGCCGAAGAUCAAUCCCUUGUUCAACUUCAUCCCAGGCGUCCGCAAGAGCGGGAAUAGGGUCAUGCACCAGGACCACGGCGAGUUGGGUGGCCUGCGGGGCAGCCAAUACGGCAAGGUGAAUGGAACUUCAGCCACAUUAUACUUGGAAUCAGCACCAGACAGAAGCAGCCUUGGCUGGAUGACUUUCAUGGCGCCGGGCGGUAGCAGCGUGAAGCAGGUGGAGGCUUUUGCCGGGCGGUUCCUUUCUUGGGACAACCGCUUCUGCCUCCACGGCUUCAUUGCUCGCGGUGACGGCCACCGGCGCCUCCUAGGUCCCAUGGCACUGGAUGCGGACGGUGAGCUUGUGGGUGUGGCCGGUGAGUCUGAUUUAGAAGUUACACCUGACACAACCACUCCGCGCCCGUCGCCUGAGCCAAAGAGCUGCAAGCCUUGGUGUUUCCUGUUGAAGCCGAAACUCAAGCUUUGGGCCAUCAUCCCGGAUUGCCAGAAGUGCAUACCCGGCCAUCACGGACAUCACGGAAAAGACGGUCACAGCACGCCUGCAGUUCACCUCGCCCAGAAGAAGGAGCAACCGAUCCGUCCAGCUGCCUCCGAAAACGUUGACUCGGUGCACUUGCUGCAAGUCACACGGGGCAGUGGGGAGCUCUAG